AUGGUCGUGUGGGGUUAUCCGGUCCUUGAGGAGUUUCCAAUACAGGUGUUGGCAGUCGUGAUUUGGUCCAAGAAAGUGCUCCUGCAGAUCUUCAAGAAGGCCUUCGACGCGCUCACGCCCGGUGGAGGCCUUGUGGUCUUCAACAGUUUUGCGAAUGACGAUAUGGACGGUCCCGAGUGGGCCGGGCUGGACAGUGUAUACUUCCAGGCUGUUCCCGUGACCUCGGGGGGCUACAUCUGGUCCAUGGCUCAGGUGGAGGGCUUCUUACGAGAGGUCGGCUGCGAGGCUGCAUUCCUCUGGAGGUCCGCCGAGAAGGAGACAAUCCGGAUGAAGAGGAAUUCCGUGCUAAUCCUGACUAUGACGAUGUCCAGCCGCGUCUUCACCCGCGAAGCCGCGGUGAAACCUGCGUACAGACAGGCUUCCGCCCAGACUGCCUUGCUGAUGAGCUUGGUGCAGCCCAGGGAGUACUACCAGGUACAGCCAGACUUAUGCGGGGCAUCGCUUUCGGCGCCCUCCAUCGAUGAGGAGUUCACAUCAACGUAA